AUGUCAUCAGUCAGUACAAUAACUCAAGAAUUGGAAAAAUUGGGUUUGCAACAACCAAAAUCAGUUAAAGAGUCAUUUCCAAAUUAUAAUAUUAUUGACGUUUUCAGAAAUUACAUAGCAGAUGAAUUAAAUCGUAUAUCUGAAGUAGAUAAAGAUACUAUAUAUCAAGCAUUAGAUAAUACAAAGACUUUAGAUCAAGGUGAUGUAAUUAUACCAAUACCAAAAUUAAAAUUAAAAGGAAUUAAUCCAAAUGAAAAAUCAAAAGAAUGGGCUGAAAAAUUUGAUAAAGGGAAAUUUAUAAGUGAAAUAAAAUCACAAGGUGUAUUUUUGCAAUUUUUUUUCAAUAAACAUGUAUUAUUUGAUUUAACUAUAAAUGAUGUAUUGAAAAGAAAACAAGAUUAUGGAUAUUUACCAUUAGGUGAAGGUAAGAAAGUUAUAGUUGAAUUUUCUUCACCAAAUAUUGCAAAACCAUUCCAUGCUGGUCAUUUAAGAUCUACUAUUAUUGGUGGAUUUAUCUCAAAUUUAUAUGAAAAAAUCGGCUGGGAAGUUAAAAGAUUUAAUUAUUUAGGAGAUUGGGGGAAACAAUUUGGUUUAUUAGCUGUUGGAUUUGAAAAAUAUGGAUCAGAAGAACAAUUAGCUAAAGACCCAAUUAAUCACUUAUUUGAAGUAUACGUUAAAAUUAAUAAUGAUGUUAGAAAUGAAACAAGUGAAACAAUUGGAGAAUCCGGAGAAUUUGAUGCAUCAGAACAAGAUGAAAAAAAAAUUCAAUCAUCUACUAACGAAGAAGCUAGACAAUUUUUUAGAAGAAUGGAAGAUGGUGAUGAGUCAGCAUUAAAAAUUUGGAAAAGAUUUAGAGAUUUAUCUAUUGAAAGAUAUAUUGAUACAUAUGCAAGAUUAAAUAUUCAAUAUGAUGUUUAUUCAGGUGAAUCACAAGUUCCACAUGAAACCAUGAAAAAUGCAACUAAACAAUUUGAAGAAAAAGGAUUAAUACAUGUUGAUCGUGGAGCUAAAUUAAUUGAUUUAACUAAAUUCAAUAAAAAAUUAGGUAAAGCAUUAGUUGAAAAAUCAGAUGGUACAUCACUUUAUUUAACUCGUGAUGUUGGAGAAGCAAUGAAACGUUAUGAAACAUAUAAAUUUGAUAAAAUGAUUUAUGUAGUAGCAUCACAACAAGAUUUACAUUGUGCACAAUUCUUUGAGAUUUUAAAACAAAUGGGAUUAGAAUGGGCUAAUAAUUUAGAACAUAUAAAUUUUGGUAUGGUUCAAGGAAUGUCUACUAGAAAAGGUAAUGUUGUUUUCCUUGAUAACAUUUUACAAGAAACUAAAGAAAAAAUGCAUGAAGUUAUGAAAAAAAAUGAAGAAAAAUAUAAACAAAUUGAAGAACCUGAUAAAAUUGCUGAUUUAAUUGGUAUAUCAGCAGUAAUGAUACAAGAUUUCCAAUCCAAAAGAAUUUUAAAUUAUGAAUUUAAAUGGGAUAGAAUGACAUCUUUCGAAGGUGAUACUGGUCCAUAUUUACAAUAUGCUCAUUCAAGAUUAUGUUCAGUUCAAAGAAAAUCAAAUAUAAGUGAAGAAGAAUUAGAAAGUGCAAAUUUCGAUUUAUUAGUUGAACCAUGUGCAUCUAAUUUAAUCAGAACUAUUGCUCAAUAUCCAGAUGUUAUUAAAAAGACAACAAAAAAUAUGGAAGCAUCAACUAUUGUAACUUAUUUAUUUAAUUUAACUCAUAUUGUUUCACAAUGUUAUGAUAUAUUAUGGGUUGCAGGUCAAGAAAAAGAUAUUGCUAUUGCAAGAUUAGCAUUAUAUGCAUCUGCAAAACAAGUAUUAAAUAAUGGUAUGAAAUUAUUAGGUUUAACUCCAGUUGAAAGAAUGUAA